GCCGCUUUCAAAUCUGCAGCCUGCAAGAGUGAUUGGAGGAGCGCAAAAAAGAGAGCGAGCGAGAGAGAAAAGGAUGUCAAGUCUGCCUAGAAGAGCUAGAGCACCAGCAAAACCAAAGGUUCCAGAAGAUGAACUGCCUUCCUUCCUUAAAUCAUCUUCGGAAUCGGAAGAGGAAAAGUCUGAAGAGGACUGGGAGCCCAAAAAGAAAGUUACGAGAAAGGCCAGGGUGCCAAAGCCGAAAGGGCCUACAGCAAAAAAUCCCACUGUGACCCCAAAGAAACCAACUGUGGCUCGGAAAAGGAUAAAGAAGGUAGUAGUAAAAGAAGAACCGGACACAUCUUUGCCUAUUACCGUUCCUGGAGGGAAUGAAGGAGGUGUGCCACUAUGCCAGCCUAAAGAGGAGAAGGAGGACACCAAGUUGCCAUCUCCAGCCAAAAAAAAACCAAUGAAAAAUGUUGGCGUUGUUCACGGACAUCCUGGCCAUGGCCUGGAAAACGCUGAAGGUCCCUCCACAAGUACUGCAGCCUGUAAACGAGAAGUGAAGGCAGAAGAGUCUGUAGACGAUUUCACCUUUGAUGAGCCUCCUUUAAAAAAAUUCAAAGCUGCAGCGUGUCCUCAGGGGAAUCCUCUAAAACCCACUCCGAGCAGCAAGCUAGAUGACGAACAUAAAAUGAACUGGGACAUUGUGCAGGUCUUGUCACAAAGGACUGGUAUUGAAGAAUGGGUGUGUGCCAACAUAAUCCGCCUCUUCAACGAUGACAAUACAAUUCCAUUCAUCGCCCGGUAUCGAAAAGAGCUUAUCAAUAAUAUGGAAGCUGAUGCAUUGCGUGAGGUGCAGCAAACGAUGGAGGAACUCCACGCUGUAGCAAAAAAGGUUAAUGGCUCGAUACAGAAGCUUAAGAAAGAAGGAAAACUGUCAGAAGGCCUUUUAACUGCCUUGUUGAACUGCAGAACGUUGGAGGAGCUGGAUCAUGUCUACACACCAUAUAAAACUGGAAGCAAAGGAACUAAGGCGCAAAGAGCCAGACAGCUGGGAUUAGAACAUGCAGCCAAUUUGUUCAUUGAGAACCCAAGAGAACUCAACCUGUUUUCUUACAUCAAGCCCAGUGUUGAGGGGCUUUCUACUGUCGAGGAAGUAAAAUCUGGGGUGCAGCACAUCUUGGCUGACAUGAUCGCUAAAGAUAAAGAGACGCUGGAUUUCAUCAGAGAUCUAUGUCAAAGACAUUAUACUUGCAUACAGUCAUCUUUGGCAAAAGUGAACUCCAAAAAAGCCAAUGAGAAAGACGUCAACAAAUUUCACUUGUACCAGAAUUUUUCUUGCAAUAUAAAGAACAUUCAGCAUCACCAGAUUCUAGCCAUUAAUCGAGGGGAGAAUUUGAAAGUCCUGACAGUGAAGGUCAACAUUCCUGAAAGGGUGAAGAUUGAAUUCUCGAGGUGGUGUGUAAAUGGAAGGUGGAAACCAAAGGCCUAUGCAAACCCUGAAUUAAUGGAGCUGCUGCGUUAUUCCGUCGAAGAUGCCUUUAAACGCCUGAUUUAUCCGCUUCUCUGCAGAGAAUUCAGAUCAAAAUUAACCUCAGAUGCGGAGAAGGAAUCUGUAAUGAUGUUUGGAAGGAAUCUCCGCCAGUUGCUUCUUACAGGCCCUGUAAGAGGACGAACCUUGAUGGGCGUUGAUCCUGGUUACAAGCAUGGCUGCAAACUGGCAAUCAUUUCACCAACCAGUCAGAUACUCCAUACUGAUGUUGUCUACUUACAUUCUGAUAAAGGAUUCUAUGAAGCUCAGAAGAUUCGGAAACUUCUGUUGGAUUACAACUGCGGCACUGUUGUGAUUGGCAAUGGGACGGCUUGUAGGGAAACAGAAGCUUACUUUGCUGACUUAAUUAUGAAGAAAUACUUUGCACCUUUGGAUGUCACUUACUGCAUUACCAAUGAAGCAGGAGCUUCUAUAUAUAGUGUUAGUCCAGAAGCAUGCAAAGAGAUGCCCGAUUUAGACCCUAACCUACGAAGUGCAGUUUCCAUAGCUAGACGUGUACAGGACCCAUUAGCUGAGCUAGUGAAAAUUGAGCCUAAACACAUUGGAGUCGGAAUGUACCAGCAUGACGUAUCUCAGACCCUGCUCAAAGCAACCCUGGACAGUGUGGUGGAGGAGUGUGUCAGCUUUGUAGGAGUUGAUAUUAACAUCUGCUCAGAAAUAUUAUUGAGGCAUAUUGCAGGACUGAAUGCCAACAGGGCCAAAAAUAUAAUUGAAUGGCGAGAGAAGAAUGGGCCAUUUGUCAAUCGGGAGCAGCUCAAGGAUGUCAAAGGACUUGGUCCAAAAUCCUUUCAACAAUGUGCCGGCUUUAUCAGGAUUAACCAGGAAUAUGUCCGAACUUGUUGCAGUCAGCAGGGAGAAUUUGCAGCUGGGGGUCAUAAAGCAGCCGCAAAUGAGAAACAGGGUAAAAAGAAAGCAAAAGCAGCAGCGAAUGUUGUUCGGCAGCCAAAUCCUUUGGAUCAAACUUGCAUCCACCCAGAAUCAUACAAUAUUGCAAUGAGGUUUUUAACUCUCAGUGGAGGAAGUCCCAGUGAUAUAGGAAAGUCAGAGAUGCAGCAAAAAGUGAACGUGCUAAUCAAAAGAGAGGGGAUGGAAGGAAUAGCAAGAAAGCUGGACACAACGGAACAAACGCUGCAAAUAAUCAUCGAUGGAUUGACUCAACCUGAAGGCUUUGACAUUCGGAAAGAUUUUGAUAAACCGGAUUUCAAGAGGAGCAUCGUGUGUCUUGAAGACUUACGUGUUGGAACUAUUCUCACGGGAAGGGUCGAGAACGCGACUCUUUUUGGAGUUUUUGUUGACAUUGGAGUUGGUAGAGCAGGACUGAUUCCAAUUCGGAGAAUAACAGAAGACAAGCUUUCGAAAGCAAAUAAACGAAGAAGCCUGAGCCUGGGCCCGGGAGAAAAAGUAGAAGUCAGAGUAUGUGUAAUUGACAUCGCAAGAUCCAGAAUAACAUUGGACCUUAUCCGUGUGUUGUGAGCACAUUGUUGGUGCCUUUAGUUUUAAGGGCUAGCAUUUCACUAUGCCAAGCAAAAUGCUGUGGAAAAAUAGGGACCAUUCAUGGCAGCUCAUGCAUUGGGCUACCUAGAAGCUCAGAACCAGGCCAAA